UUUUUGUUUUUUGGGCUGAACGGUUCAAGAACAAGAUGGCUGUCCUGAGGCAAGAAAAGUAUCCUUCUUGUUUCACGUAAACAUUUUUAAUCCCACGAAAAAUAGCUCGUUAGGUAACAACUUUAAUAGCUUAUUAGGUAACAACUUUAAAAACGCUUUAAAGGCAUCGCUUUGUAACGACGGACACGGAUUUGAAGCUCGCUUGAAGUUUUUUUUUUUUCCGCAAGGAAAGUUUUCUAACGGUUUGGUGAGAGUUAAAAAAGCAUUAACGGUUGGCUACGAGGAGCAGGAUAACUUUAUUUAAAAGUGUCUAAUGUGACUUUUACACACAGUGUAAGGGCUUAUGUAACUGUUAUCUAUAGUAUUUAGUUAUUUGACUAACUUUUUACUAACUUAAGGCGUUUAACACUCGAGUAUCUCCACAACCCGAAAUGCUUCAGCCGUUAUAAACGUUUAUCACACGUUGUUUUUACGUUUUUUUUUUACCCAACGUUAAACUUCUUCAGAUGCCCCGCAUUGGAUAAUUUUAUUUUUUUUAAAAGCAGCGGCGCUAACUACUAUGAGUUCAUCCCGAGUCAGACCGCAGCAGCUGCCGCAGAGCCAGCCUGGCAGGUUGCCCCACAGACUGGACUCGAGCGAAGGGAUAGAGAUGGAGAACAUCCAGCAUCAAGACCUGGGUCUCGGAGGAGUCAUAGGCACUCCGUCCCCACCGUCCAGGCAAGCGUGGAGUCGGGAUAACCCGGGUUUUGAACCCGAGGAUGAGAUUAUGGAAGCUGACUGGCCGCCAGCGAGUCCCGGGAGGAGAUCAGUCUCCACGGCCUCCAGCAGCAGCUGCAGCAGCGGCCUGGGCAGCUACACCGGCGGGGGCAGCAGCACCCACAUCCCCAGAGGAGGACUGUACCCGACCCCGACUGUGGAUGCUCAGCAGCAGGACAGGCAUGACCACCGCAGCUGUAUGAAGCAGAUACUCCAGAAGAUUAGAAUUUUGUGGGGCACAGAGCUGAUGGAGGACAGUGACAGCAGUCGAGAAAGGUACCUCAGGAACGUGCUGAGGGAGAUGCUCACAUAUAUCGCAUUCCUCAUCACUAUUUGUAUCUUGACCUAUGGGAUGGUGAGUGCCAAUAUGUACUACUAUACCAAAGUCAUGUCUCAGCUUUUCCUGGACACACCGCUGUCUGCUGGGGAUCCUGCCACAUUUAGGAGCCUCUCAACUAUGGAGGAUUUCUGGAAGUUCACAGAGGGUCCUUUCCUCAAUGGCAUGUACUGGGAGGUGUGGUACAACAACAAAAGCCUGCCAGAGAAUCAGAGUCUCAUCUACUAUGAGAACCUCCUCCUUGGAGUGCCACGGCUCCGGCAGGUCAAAGUCCGCAAUGAGUCCUGCUCCGUCCACGAAGAUCUGAGAGACGAGGUUCAGGACUGCUACAACAUGUACACCCCAAGCAACGAGGACACCGCCUCCUUUGGACCCAAGAAUGGAACUCCGUGGGUGUAUGCAACAGAGAGUGAGAUGAAUGGGAGCAGCUAUUGGGGUCAGGUAUCUAAAUAUGGAGGUGGAGGAUACUACCAAGAUCUGUCUCGUACGAAAGAGGAGUCAACUGUCCAACUGCAGUUUCUCAAAGAUCACCUGUGGCUGGACAGAGGCACCAGAGCGGUUUUUCUCGACUUCUCCGUCUACAAUGGGAACAUAAACCUCUUCUGCAUCGCCAGGUUGUUGGUGGAGUUCCCUGCUACUGGUGGUGUGGUGACCUCCUGGCAGUUCCAAACAGUGCGUCUGAUACGAUAUGUGUCGAGCUGGGACUACUUUGUGGGUCUGUGCGAGGUAGCGUUCUGCCUGUUCGUCCUGUACUACGUGGUGGAGGAGGUGCUGGAGAUCCACAUCCACCGCCUGCAUUACUUCAAGAGCCUGUGGAACUGUCUGGAUGUUCUCCUCGUCGUGUUGAGUGUUGUUGCUAUUAUCAUGAACAUAACCAGAACAGCCAUGGUUGGCAACCUUCUCAAAGGCCUGUUGGAGAACCACAGUGCUCACCCCAGCUUUGAGUCUUUGGCGAACCUUCAGGUCCAGUUCAACAACGUGGCCGCAAUCAUCGUCUUUUUUUCAUGGGUCAAGCUUUUUAAGUUCAUCAACUUCAAUAAGACCAUGAGCCAGCUCUCCAGCACGAUGUCUCGCUGUGCCAAGGACCUCGUGGGUUUUGCCAUCAUGUUCUUCAUCAUCUUCCUGGCAUAUGCUCAGCUAGCCUACUUAGUGUUCGGAACCCAAGUCAACGAUUUCAGCACUUUCCAAGCCAGCAUUUUCACCCAGUUCCGUAUCAUCCUGGGAGACUUUGACUUCUCAGAAAUAGAGGAGGCGAAUCCAGUGCUCGGACCGAUCUACUUCACCACCUUUGUUUUCUUCAUUUUCUUUAUUCUCAUGAACAUGUUCCUGGCCAUCAUCAAUGACACAUACUCCGAGGUAAAGGCUGACAUGUCCCAGCAGAGGUCUGAGAUGGAAAUGACUGACCUCAUUAAGAAGGGUUGUAACAAAGCUUUGAUGAAGUUGCGGCUGAAGAAGACGGCAGUAGACGACAUCUCCGACAGUUUGCGUCAGGCCGGGGGCAAACUGAACUUUGAUGAACUCCGCCAGGACCUUAAAGGGAAGGGCCACACAGACGCAGAGAUUCAGGCCAUCUUUGCCAAGUACGAUCACGAUGGCGAUCAGGAGCUGACGGAGCACGAACACCAGCAAAUGAGGGACGACCUGGAGAAAGAGAGAGAGGACUUGGAUCUGGAACGCAAUUCGCUGACUAGACCCAGCAGCGGUCGGAGCUUCCCUCGCACCCAGGACGACUCGGAGGAAGACGACGACGAGGACAGUGGCCACAGCUCUCGUCGUCGUGGCAGCAGCUCAGCCGGCGUCUCCUAUGAAGAGUUUCAAGUGCUGGUGAGGCGUGUGGACAGGAUGGAGCACUCUAUCGGCAGCAUAGUGUCCAAGAUAGAUGCCGUGAUCGUGAAGCUGGAAGCCAUGGAGAGAGCUAAACUCAAAAGGAGAGAUUUGCUGGGAAGGAUGCUGGACGGAGUCAUGGAGGACGAGCGUCUGGGACGGGACACGGACGCCCACAGAGAGCAGAUGGAGAGGCUGGUGAGGGAGGAACUGGAGCUCUGGGAGUCUGACGACAUGGUCUCACAGGUCAGCCACCCACAGCCAGCCACUCCCGUCGGCCCCCGGCCCCGUCCGUCCUCUUCCUUGUCUACCGACGGCCUCGACACAAGCACAGUCGGGAGCGGCCAUGUGUGAGGACUUGGCGCGGCGAAGAAUAUUCCACUCUGGCAAGAAACUCUCGAUUGGAAAUUUCCUGGCAGCGGUACACAAAGUACACGAAGACGUGGGACCAUUUUCGCAGAACAAAAUGAGACAUCUUAUUGAAGCUGUCGUUGACAUAAUUUAAAGGAGGUGAUAAAAAAUCAAACGCACCUCAAAAAAAUGCACUGAAAGGUUCUCCAGAGGUUCUCCAGAGAGACAUCUACAAGUAUUCACUAAACUGUCUAAAGCUUUUAUCACAUAUAACUUUAACAGGAUGAUGAAGGGAAAUGUGUGAAAGAGGUUGAUGAAGGAUUUACAGUACAGCAUGACGUCACAGUAUACACCAGCCUUCAAGCAUACUCGGCGUAUGAUUUUAGUAUGAGGUUAUGCUCACUUGCUUUUGAUUACUGUAUCCACACAUCUUAGCAUUUUACACAAAUACCAAAAAAAGGCAUUUUUCUAUGACUGUUAAUUUUGCUGAUUAUUUUAAUAUUCAGUAGGUACAAGUGUGGCACGUUCUGUCAUAUUUACUCAUCUUCUGUACAUCAAUGAAGCUUCAAAUUAAAUAGCUUAUUAUCAUUUUAUGAUACAUGUUGUAACUUAAAACAAACUUCAAUUUGGAGUGCAUCUAGUGUUCAUGG